CUUUGUCCGACCAUUGGUGGGGCAAGAUUACGAGGACGCAACAAUCGCAUCUUUAAUUGCUGCUUUCAUAUCUUUCAUUUUACCUAAGAGUGUGCCUAGUUAUCAAUUUGCCAUUUGGGUUCUGGCCGAAAGAAUUAUUCUGCGUAUAACUGGGAACUUCGACGGGAACGAAGCUAUGGCGUCGGACAAACCUGACCUGGCGAUUUCUAUAACACCGCUUCUUACGAGACUCGCUUAUCCGGAUGCAGCCAAGCAUGAGGUUUCUGCAGUAGAGAUAGCUGGUGCUUUUGCUCUUAUAUUUGAGGAUAAACUAUCUCUCAUUCAGACCGCUGCACUUCUCACCCUCCUACAUUCAACUGGCAAGGACAGGGAUGCCGAUGUGUUAGCACAAUGCGCAGCUCGGAUGAGGGAAGCUGCACUGCCAAUUGAGCCGACAGCACUACGGGCAUUAGUUAAAGAGCGGGCUAGAAAAGAAGGGUCUUACGAAGGUGGCUUUUGUGACAUUGUUGGGACAGGAGGAGAUUCGCAUCGAACAUUCAACAUCUCUACGACUUCCUCCAUUAUAGCGUCGCCAUUGCUCUUGAUUGCCAAGCAUGGAAAUCGGGCCCAAACAUCAUUUUCAGGCUCUGCGGACGUCUUGACCUCGAUCACUCCAACCCCACCAAACAUAUCUGCGGUUCUGCCUGAGAACAUCUGCAAGGUGUACGAGCAGUCGAACUAUUGCUUUCUCUUUGCUCCAAAUUUCCACACUGGCAUGAAGUUUGCAACUCCGGUUCGGAGAGGGUUGGGUAUACGAACAAUAUUCAACCUCCUCGGACCCCUCGCAAACCCCAUUGAUUGGGGUAUUGAGGCUCGUUUGGUUGGCGUAGCAUACCAAUCCUUGGGGCCAAUAUUCGCAAACGUCCUGAAGCUCAGCGGAGUCAAGAAGGCGCUGGUAGUAUGCGGUGAAGAAGACUUGGAUGAAAUCAGCUGUGCUGGGAAAACAAACUGCUGGAAACUAUCUGAAUACCCUAACCCCGAAUACGAAGGCAAUCCAGACGGUAAUGCUGAAGGCGAGGAGACUUGGGAUGAGGACGCGCCGCCUAAAACGGUGGUGAAAAUCGAAACCUUCCAGCUUCAACCAUCGGAUUUUGGGUUCUCUCCGCGCCCGCUUUCAGAAGUUGGUGGGGGCAAGAGGCCUGGCGAAAACGCGUUGAUACUGAUGAGUAUGCUCCGUAACGAGCUUCCUCGCGACCACCCCAUUUUGGAAUUCGUUCUCAUGAACGUUGCAGCUCUGUUGGUCAUAUCUGGCAUAUGUGACGCUGAUACCAGCAAUAUGGGUCCUGGUGAUAACGGGGAAGUUAUUAAAGAGGUAGGUCCGGGCGGUGGCCGCUGGAAGGAAGGUAUUCGACGGGCGCGCUGGGCGAUCGAAAGUGGAGAGGCAGUGAAGAGCUUGGAGAAAUUCAUCAAGGUAUCAAACUCAUUGUAGCUGGAAUAAGGGGAAUUUUGGAAAGAUGCUUUGGUAAUCUAUCUUCUCGGGUCUUGGAUGGACCAUAUUGUCUUAUUGAGGUCUUUUUUUUCUCUUUUUUCUUCCCUUUUUCUUUUUUUUUUUUUUUUGUUUUCUUUUUCUUUUUCUUUUCUUUUCUUUUUUUCGGGGGACUCUAGACAUGAACCCAUCAGGAAUACCAGAACGUUGCAUUCGAAUAUUAUUUGAACUUCCGAGGAAGCAAGAAAGUUUUAUCACGCUCACUUUCCGAGCUCGUCCGUCCCCCAUCUCACGACAACCUUCUUUUUUUUCGGGCAUUUCAUAAAAAUGAAAAAUCAAGCAUCCCACUCCUUUAGCGCCUGCAGAAAGCUGUUGCAAACUAACAACAGCGAAAGAAAAGCAAACAAAUAGCAUGUAUCCUCC